AUGGCACUGCAAGAUAUGACUCGUUCAAUUUAUUUCAUAAUGCGUAACACUUCUAGUCUCGAGAUUUUUAUGUCACAUCCUUCGUUGGGUGGGGAGGGUUAUCACCAAGAUCGUGAGUGGUUGCAGAUCGUGGUGCACUUCCUGAAGGCUGUCGGGUAUGGAGACAAGGACUCUGUUGGCGCCAACAACAGCACUGACUCAGGCUUCCUGGAGGCGAGCCUGGCACACUACAGGCUGCAGGGCUUGGGUUACUACUGGCUCGCUGCUACCUCGAUCUCCUACACCUUCUACUUCGGCAUCGGCGGCUUCCUUCAUUGGUAUUAUUACGUGUGUCAGCGUGACCGAUCUGAGGAAUGGAAAUGUCAGCCACACAAGUUCCUCUCUCCGGAACUUGAGCGUCACGAGAUCCUGCUGGGCUCCUUCUCUCUCCUGCUGGGUUCCUCCGUGUCUGCUCUCAUCUCCUGCUACCUCAUGAAUGGAGGAAGGUCUACCAUCUACUACAACGUAGCUGAGCACGGCUGGUUCUGGUACUUUGUCUCUUGGCCGUUCGUCUUUAUUUGGCAGGAUUACCUAACGUACUGGCACCACCGCUUCUACCACCUGCCCUUAGUCUACAAGUACUUCCACAAGCUCCACCACAAGUACAAGCACCCAACCGCCUUCAGCGUCACCGCUAUCCACCCUGUUGAGUUCCUCCACAUGCAGGCAGUCCUCGCCAGUCCCAUGGUGCUCUUCCCAGUCCACUGGAGUGUGUUCGUGACACUGAUGAUCUACCUCUACUACCAUGGGAUUAUAGACCAUUCAGGUAUCAACUUCAAGGCGCAGUGGUGGCAGCCGUGGCAGCCAGAUAGCAUCUUCCACGACAACCAUCAUCAGUACUUCCAUGUUAACUUCGGCUUUAACUGUGCCCUCUGGGAUAAAAUCCACCACAUACCGCGAAGAAAAAAGCUGUACGGGGAAGACAUCUUCUACGGCAGGUGGAAGACUAUUCCAGUGCUCAAGAUAUGUGAUAAAGCCCUUACCCAAAAUCAUGUUAAACAGUUUCCCACUGGGAAGAGAAGAGAGGGUACAGAAGAGGAAGAGAAAGAAUAUAGAAGAAAGGAGGCAGGGCAAAGAGAAGGGAAGAGAAAUAAAAGAGGAUAG